GGCAUAUUUUAUUUGAUGGUUGGUAUCAAUCCUUUCGUUCUAUAAAUUGGCCGCAUCUACCACUGCCACUUGCGGCCUCGGCGGUGAUCGUUUGGGGAGGGCUCGGGAAAGGUAGUCUUCCCUCCCCUAAAUCCUCGAGUAAACCCUACACUAUUUGAGAUAUAAAAGAUGGUAGCUUCAACAGAAGAAGCAGCCGCGGCCGCGGCUGGCACACUUCCGCCGCCGCCUCCUAUUGAGAAUGGCAACUGCGCUGGAGUUGCAGCGGAGUCCGAAAAACCCCCAAAGCGAUGUCGAACGGUGGAAGCAUCGUGUCGAUGAAUACAAUUCUAAGGUCGAUGAGCUGGAGCAAAGGGUGAAUGAGGUUCUGGAGCACUAUGCGACUAGAAAGCAACCAAAAACCUCUAAAGGGAGCUCCGGUGGCAAGGUUAAGGAGAUGGAUAAAUUUAGUGCUAUUAAUAACAGUGGAAGCAACCAUAGUGGUGGCAAGCUGGUUGAAGGGUGUCCAAAGGAAGUUAUUUGCUCAAAGAGAAUGCAGGAGCUCAUGCGGCAGUUUGGCACCAUAUUGAAGCAGAUGUCACAGCACAAGUGGGCUUGGCCAUUCAUGGAGCCUGUUGAUGUUAAGGGUCUUGGUCUAGAUGACUAUCAUGAGGUUAUUAAAAGGCCCAUGGACUUUUCUACAAUCAAGAACCAAAUGGAAGCAAAAGAUGGCAGUGGAUAUAAGAAUGUCCGUGAAAUAUAUGCUGAUGUGAGAUUGGUUUUCACUAAUGCAAUGACAUACAACGAUGACAGAACUGAUAUUCAUGUUAUGGCUAAAACAUUGCUGGAAAAAUUUGAAGAGAAGUGGCUGCAACUAUUUCCUAAAGUUGUUGAAGAGGAAGCAAGACAAAAGGAGGAUGAGGCUUGGGAUCUUGCAAAUAUGCAAAUUUUUCAAGAGGUUUCUUAUGAGACAAUGGCCAAAGAUACCAGCAGCGAGCUUGAUGAACUCAAUUUGCAUUUGGAAAAGCUAAGGGAGUUGGUAAUACAGAAGUGCAGGAAAAUGUCGACAAAGGAGAAAAGAGAACUUAGUGUUGGCCUGAGCUCUUUACCUCCUGAAGAUCUUAACAAGGCUCUAGAAAUUAUUGCUCAAAACAAUCCUAUCUUUCGAGCUACAGGAGAAGUGGUGGAUCUUGAUAUGGAUGCACAGAGUGAAAGCACAUUAUGGAAACUCAAAUUGUUUGUCAAGGGGGCAUUGGAGCUUCAGGCAAAGAACUCUGCAAGCAAGGCAGAUGACACCAUAAAGCGGAAGAAGGAGAUAUAUGAUGCUGUGGCAAAGACUGCAAGGAAGAGAAAUAAGAAGAUCCACCCAUUGUGAUGUUUUAUGAGUUCAUACAAGUUAAUUUGACCGCUACGUCAGUGAUACAUCAGCUGCUGAAGUGCAACUUAGAUGAAAUUUUAAUUAGCCUUUAAUUGCUGCCUUCAGCUGCUGCCUGGAAAGCUAGAUGGCUUACUAUGAGCACAACUUUGUUUACCUUUGCAAAACUGUCGUCAAAGUAAGCAGAAGAAUUGAAUUAUAUGUAAACCGUAAGAUGAUUUUUUUUAUUUGCGGACAGAGUAGGAUGAAUUAUUUGGUGGAAAGGUUCCUGAAAACAUCAUGUGCUA